UUAGUUUGCAUAUUUUAUUAUAAAGAUAAAGUUGAAUUGUUUUAUUGUCUGCCUGGUAAUUUUCGCUAUUCAAACCUAACAGUCCGAAAUUCAAAAUAAGCUUUGCUCUGCUAACAGCUGUUAAGUCAGCUGCUUAGCCCCAAAAUGCAAGCCUGUAUGCGUGUAUGUGUGUGCGUGUAAACGCAUCUAUUUGGCUGUAUGUGUUUUGCUUCUAUAUGUGAGUAGACAGUGUGUGUGUGUUGUUUUUUCUCGGCGGCUUUGGAGCAAUGAGCAGCGGCAUCAAAGGCUGCAAACGCGUCCAUCAAAUCGAAGUUGAGCAACUUGCGGACGCGGCAGAGGUGCAGCACAGUCUGCUGCUAAUCAAGGGACGUCUGCAGCCGAACUGUGCGAGCGCCAAACAGCUGAAAGCGACGCUCACGCUACGCGAGACAGAGCAGGAGCAACUGACGCAGCUCUCGUCUGGGAGCGAAUUCAAGUUGCUCUUUGACUUGGCCGCCGAUGAAGAUAUCGCAGCAGAGCGCUGUCGCUUGCAACUGCGCUGCUGCAGCGGCGAAUUGACCCUCUGCUUCAGCUAUCAGCCGCGACGCAGCGCGUAUCGUGUGCAACCGUUAUAUAUAGUCUGCCAGCAGGAGCAGCAGACUGAGCUGGAGACUGAGCAGCAGCAGCAGCUGGAGCGCUGUGCAUUGAUCGAUCUCAAUUUGCGUCUGGUGCAGUGCAUCUAUGCGCAUAAGCUAGCCGCCGCCGGCUACGAGAAUCGCACGUUUACACUCAACGGCGGCUGUCAGGUGUUCCAGUCGACGCUCAGCUGCGCCGAGGCACGCGCCAGCGGCGAGGACGAGCUUUGGCAGCGCUUUGCCAGCGAUAUACUCGCCAGCGACGCCUGGGGACAGCAGCUGCAUCUGAAGUUUGUUGCCUUCAUUGGCUGCACGCGCUACGACGGCGCCUCAGUUGCGGCCAGCGCGGAUUACUCCUACGCCAAUAUACGAAAGCAUUUGCAAGCGCACGCAGCUUUGGGCGGCGGCGGAUUAGCGCUCUUCGGCAGCGCCCACUUCUAUGCGUGGCCGCAGCGCUUUGCGCAGAUUGGCGACUGCAUACGGAAUACGACGCGCGUGGAUGUGGCACGUCUGCCAGACGAGAGCAACUAUCGGCGCACCUACGGCGGCGUCUAUGCCAGCACGCUGGGCGCCGUCUGUCACGAGCUGGGCCACUGCUUCGAUCUGGGCCACACGCUGGACGGUGUCAUGGGCCAGGGUUUUGACUUUCUAAAUCGCGUGCUUACCGUUGAUCAGCCCACAGAGCAUUUGCCGCAACGCAUUGUGGACAUCGCUAGCGCCACAGCGACGGCGACAGUCACAGCCACAGCCACGUCCUCCUCCAGCGCUGUGGCACGACCACGCUUCACCAAGCUAAAGCUGCAUAAGCAGGCUGCUUCCAAUCAGCUGCUGGACAAUUAUCACGCCCAGCGUCUGCACGAUAGUUUCUACUUUACACACAACUGUGCCGUUAUUCUUGCCCAGCAUCGCUGGCUGCGACCCAAUCUCAGCGAGGAGAAGCUGUUGCCCGCUGUCAUAGAGCUGCUGCCGGAUAGCACAGAGAUUGUGUCGAACGUGCCGCUGCGUCUCGUCGAGCUGCGCUGCAAUCUCAACAGCCUGGUGGCUCACUACGAGGAGUUGAAGCGGGAAACACUGCGCUAUCAGUUGCCCGCUGCUCUCUGGCAUCUGCUAGCCGUGGAGCGCAGCCACUACGCAUUUGUGCUUACCACGCAGGGCGACACCAAGCGUCUGGCCUGCGACUCGUCCGCAUCUUCCACAAAGUCCAAUUAGAACUAACAGCUUUAGACUUUAGACGCGCAACAACAGCUCAAGCCAAACAGCGCUGCCAGCAAUAGUUACAACAAUUAUAAGUAAUAACAACAACA